AUGGAAUUUGUUGAAUCUUGUCAAUUGGAAUCUGUAAACAUUACACAAUAUAUUCAAUCAGCACAAAUAGUUCUGUCGUGUUCACCAUUCGACGAGACGCUUGCGUUCUUUACAGAUCGACUUGGCUUUCGGGUUGAUAUCGUCUCUCCAGCCGAUGAUCCAGCAGUGGUCAUGAUCUCUGGACAUGGACUUAAUAUACGAUUAGAACGCAACACUGGUGAAUCAAUACAAUCGGCUGGUACAAUCCGUUUGCUUCUAGCACACGGGUCAGGGCUUUUUGCAAACGAAAUCACCGAGUUAUUUGCACCGAAUGGUACAAAGAUCCAACUUGUGGAGGCCACUGCUAAACUUGUAAUACCGUCCGUCAAACAAUCGUUCGUCGUUACCAAAAUGAACACCGAUGCACAAUGGGUCAAAGGACGUGCUGGAAUGAACUAUCGUGAUCUAAUUCCUGGUCGCCAAGGUGGACGUUUCAUUGCAUCACAUAUCCAGAUUCCAAAUGGUGGACCAGUGCCCGAUCACGUGCACUAUCAUGAUGUUCGAUUUCAGAUGAUCUAUGUGUAUAAAGGUUGGGCACGUCUCGUAUACGAGAAUCAGGGAUACCCAUUCGUUCUUCAUGCAGGAGACUGCGUAUUGCAACCUCCAAGGAUUCGUCAUCGAGUGCUCGAAAGUUCUGGGGGUCUCGAGGUGAUCGAAAUGGCCUGUCCAGCAGUACAUAACACUUACAUCGACCACAACAUUGAAUUGCCAACAGCAAACGAGCUCCCCGAUUAUGACUACGGAGGACAACGUUUUGUGAAAUAUGUCGCGAUGGAAGAAAACGCCGAAUGGCAGCCAUGGCGAUUGCCUGGUUUCGAAUUUCGGGACACAGGGAUCGCUGCUGCAACUGAAGAUCUGGCUGGUGUUCGAAUCAUUCGUAGCAACGGCGAUGUUAAGCCUCAGAUGUGCGAGCACGAUGCUGAGUUCGUCUUUAUGUUCCUGCUCACUGGCGAACUCUCACUUCUUGUCAAAGGCCGAACCAUCGAGAAGUUCACAGCUGGUGACACAUUUGUGAUGCCUGAAAAGCUAUCUCACGCUUUUGUUGAAUGGUCAGAAGACGUGCAACUAUUGGAAGUGUCACUUCCUGGAACCUUCGCAACUAUUUAUGUAUAA